AUGCGCAACACGUACAGCUCGAAGCAGCAACCACUGAUCAAGCCCGAAAUGCAAUUAAGAAGCUCACGCUCCAGGACAUCAAAUGCGACAACUGUGGCGUUAUCGGACAUAAGGCAAGGUUCUGUGCAUCGACCAUUGAUUUCUUCAAGCGAAAUUCACGAUUCAACCAAAGUCAACGUCAGUAGAAAAUCCGACCACGAAUCAACAGCUGUAAAUCAAAUCGGAAAAGAACAAGGCAGAUCCUUGCAACGCAAAUUCGUUACUCCAAGUAUCAACGGAGUACAGAUCAAGCUUCAAAUCGAUACAGCUUCUGACAUCACAAUCAUCUCCUACACCAAUUGGAAGCGGUUCGACAAGCCAGCACUUAAAUCACCAAUCAAACCACCAAACAGCGCUUCAGAUCACCCGAUUCAUCUUUUCGGCUCAUUUGAGUGUCAACUGCAACUUAACGAUAAUACUGCUCACAGCACUUGCCAUGUCUCAAGCCGCCUCGACUUGCUCGGCAUCAAUUUUAUCGGUGCUCUCGGGUUAUGGGACGUCCCUUUCUCCUCAGUGUGCAACAAGAUCACCGUCAGCUCCUUGCAAGAUGAUCUCACAACUGAAACCAGCAAAAAGUUUCCGCAACUUUUCUCCGAGGGGCUCGGCCUCUGUACGAAACCAAAAGUCUCACUCACACUCAAGCCAGGCGCUAAGAAAGUCUUCCGCAAGGCACGGCCAGUUCUCUACGCAGCAGCACCAGCAAUCGAAGCCGAAAUUGAGCGACAACAGCAUUUCGGAGUUUUCACACCAGUCUCGUUCUUCGAUUUCGCUACUCCUAUCGUCGCCGUCAAGAAAAAGAACGGCAAAAUUCGCAUUUGCGGCGACUACUCAACGGAACUCAACGACGUUCUCGAACCAAAUAAGUUUCCUCUGCCUAUCCCCGAGCAAAUUUUCGCAUCGCUAACCGGCAAGUGCAUCUUCAGCAAAAUCGACCUCUCAGACGCUUUUCUCCAGCUCGAACUCGAGGACAACUCAAAAAAGCUACUCACCGUCAACACGCACUGCGGUCUUUUUCAAAUUAAUUGGAUGAAACCCGGUAUCAAAUCGGCACCGGGAGUGUUUCAGGAACUAAUGUGCAAAAUGCUCGCAGGAAUUGAGGACGCUUUUGCAUUCAUCGACGACAUCAUUAUCGGAGGAGUCAAUGAAAAUCAUCACAAACAACUCCUGUUCAAAGUUCUUGGCCGCAUCCAAGAUUACGGAUUCAAGCUCCGCAUCGAAAAAUGUGAGUUUGGCAAACCAUCGAUUCUUUUCUGUGGCCAUAUUGUCGACAAAGACGGCACUCGACCCGAUCCCGAAAAGAUUCAGCAGAUACAAUCAAUUCCACGCCCGGAAGAUCUUUCUCAACUUCGUUCGUUCUUGGGCGCAGCGAAUUAUUACGGGAAAUUCAUCGAGAGCAUCAGGGAAUUACGUGGACCACUCGAUGAACUCACCAAGAAAAACGUCAAGUUCGACUGGCAACCUAAGCACGAAAAGGCUUUCACUGAGCUUAGAAAAGUCCUCGCAUCUGAUUUGAUCCUCACACAUUUUGAUCCGAAUAAGAAGAUCGUUGCAGCAGCUGACGCUUCAUCUUAUGGGAGGGGCCUUGAUGCACGAAUUCCCCGAUGGAACUCUUCGCCCGAUUAUCGGGAAUCAACUGCACUUGUUAAAGUCGUCAAGCAUUUCCACAAAUAUCUCUACGGACGCCGAUUUGAACUUCAGACCGAUCAUAAGCCGCUCCUCACAAUCUUCAAUUCAAAAGAUGGAAUUCCCGUCAUCACUGCCAGCCGCCUUCAGCGAUACGUCUUCACGCUGCUCGCUUACGAUUUCAGCAUCAAAUUUAUUGACACUGCUAGUUUCAGUUAUGCAGACGUCAUUUCUCGACUCAUUUCAAAUCAUCAGCGCGAGGACGAAGACAUCGUGAUUGCCUCGAUUCGGGAGCGGGAUUGCGAGUUUCAAUGUUUCGCAAUCGACACAGCCAAAUCUCUUCCAAUCAAGUUCAACGAUAUCAAGGAAGCAACAAAAAACAGUUCUCACCAAAAUCGCCAAUUACAUCAACAAUGGCUGGCCGCAGUCAGCACGAUGCACUCCUCAUCAUCAACGGCUGUAUCUUUUUCGGCAACCGAAUCGUCAUUCCGGCUCCACUUUGCAGGAAAAUUCUCGAGGAGCUCCAUUUUUGAUCACCCCGGCAUUGUUCGCAUGAAACUUCUCGCCCGCAGCAAGGUUUUUUGGCCGACAAUUAACAAAGACAUCGAACGAGUGGUCAAAACCUGUUCAGAUUGCGCAAAACCGCCCAACCGAUCAAGUGUACACUUCAAUCGAGGCCGAUUUCUACUCGCCCUUACGAACGCAUUCAUGCUGAUUACGCAGGGCCCAUUGAUGGAUUCUAUUACCUUGUCAUCAUCGACGCCUUCAGCAGCUGGCCAGAAAUUUUCAAAACGUCAUCAAACAACAUCAACCAAGACAAUUGAGUUGUUCCAAGAAGCUUUUACUCGCAACGGACUCUGCGACACACUCGUUACUGAUAACGGACCACAAUUCACUUCACAGCCGUUUAAAACAUUUAUUGAAGCUCAAGGAAUUAAGCACGUCACCUCAGCUCCGUACCAUCCGCAAUCAAACGGCAGAGCCGAGAAAUUUGUUGAUCUUCUCAAAACGGGACUUGUAAAGGCACGAGGAAAUUGCGACCAGAAAUUGCGUGAAUUCCUUUUUACUUACCGCUUCACGCCUUCUCAUGCUCUUGGUGACAAGUCCCCAUCCGAGCUGAUGAACAGCCGCACCAUGAAAACGCACCUCGAUCUACUCAAGCCUCCGCAACAAUCCUCGUCUCAACGCAACACAUCGAUAGAACAAAAUUUCAACACAGCUCAUGGCGCCAAAUGGAAAGAAUUUGAUAUUGGCUCCACUGUCUAUUACAACUCUGCAAGCCAAACAAUAGCUGGGAAUGGUCACCAGCCAUCAUCACUGAAGGCCCACGUCAAUCAUUUGAAAGCUCUUUAUACACAAAACGAAAUUAUUGACGCUUUCGAUCUUAUCUCGGACAGUUCUGAGAUUGAACCCAUGAUCAUCCCUCAGCCGCAACAAGAUCCUCAAGACGACUCACAAAUAAUUCUUAAAGAUUCCUACGUUUUUGAAGAUGCUGAGGAUGGGUUACAAGAUGUGGAAAAUGAGUUUUAG